CCACCAGCCACACCCGAUCAUCACCGCCAGACACACAUACACGCACACACGCACACACCCACACAAGCACACACCCACACACACAUACACGCACACACACACACACAAACAUGGAGGGGAGCUUCUUUCCGCGUCCUUUCAAUAGCGGCGGAUUGCCCAGGAGUGGUCGGUCACAGGCGAUGUUGACCAGAGUUAAUAAAUUCAUCAACGACCAUGUGAAAGAGACCAACGACAUGACGAAGCCCUCUGGCCCAUCCACAGACCAUGGCCAAGGCGA